AUGCGGUCCUCGAAUUGGAGACUGACAAGGCACCGAUUCGGACCAAGCCUGCCCGAGGAUCGCAGCCGUAUGCCAGACCUCUCCUCAUUCCCCAUCGCGCAACGAUGGCCAGCGGCACAUCCGGAGCGGGUGCAGCUUUACGCCGCACCGACGCCGAACGGCGUGAAGGUCUCGAUCAUGCUCGAAGAGACCGGGCUCGCCUACGAGCCGCAUUUCGUUGAUAUCUCGAAGAACGAGUCAAAGGACCCGGCUUUCGUAUCGCUUAAUCCGAACGGCCGCAUACCGGCGAUCAUCGACCCCAUUGGUCCGGGCGGCACGCCGAUCGGCAUCUGGGAAUCCGGAGCUAUCCUGGUCUAUCUAGCGGAGAAGACCGGCCAAUUCAUGCCGAUCGCUCCGGCUGCGCGCUACGAGACGCUGAGUUGGGUAUUCUUUCAGAUGUCGGCGAUCGGGCCCAUGUUCGGUCAGUUGGGCUUCUUCCUGCGAUGGGGCGGCAGGGACUUCGAGGAUAAGCGCCCUCAGCAGCGCUUCGCCGAUGAGUCCAAGCGACUGCUCGGGAUUCUCGAUCGCCAGCUGGAUGGACGCGGCUGGAUCGUGGGCGAAUACUCAGUCGCCGAUAUCGCUACUCUCGGCUGGGUGAACGCGCUCGUUACCUCAUAUGACGCCGGCGACCUUCUCGGACUGAAGGGUUUCUCGAACAUUGCGGCCUGGCUUGAACGCGGUCUCGCGCGGCCGGCGGUAAGGCGUGGCCUGCGCGUUCCGGCCAGAACUGCAUGA